AUUUUUAUGGAAUCUAGUUUGUGACCUAAAUAUAGGGGUAUCUUCCAGAGUGUUGAACUGGCUCUGUUUGUUGGUUAUUCACGCACCCCUUCAUGCCUCCUAAGAAAAUUUGCCUUUUGGCCUAAUUUUUGGAGGAAUCCAGUUUUGUCCAUUGGUAAAGGUAAUAAGUCAGUCAGCUUUCAGUCUGUGAAAGGCAAAGACUACAAGGAUUUGUAUUCCGUAUUCUUCAAUUCCAACCGAGCCAUCAUGUCCACAUCAAAAGCUCAGGUUCAGUCUGAGAUCCAGGAAAAGACUGAACAUCUAAAGAAGCUAAAGGCAAGUCCAGAGACAACAAAGGAAGAGAUAGAUGAAGUUACGGCCAGGCUGGCAGAGUUAAGGGCCCAAGCAGGAGGGAAGAGCUCAGGGAAAUUGAUUCUGAAGACAGCAAAGGGGACCAAAGAUUAUGGACCCCAACAAAUGGCACUCAGGGAAAAAGUACUUUCCAUCAUAAUGGACUGCUUUAAACAACACGGAGCAGAAACCAUUGACACCCCUGUCUUUGAACUCAAGGAUUUUGACAUUGCUGGGCAGUAUGAAGAGAUGCUACCUGAUGUUGAAUGUGUGAAGUUGAUUGAUGAAAUCCUCACUGCAUUGAAAUUAGGAGAUUUUGUAAUCAAGGUCAACCACCGCCUCAUCCUGGAUGGAAUCUUUGCUGUUUGUGGCGUUCCAGCUGAGAAGUUCAGAACAAUCUGUUCAUCUGUGGACAAGCUGGACAAGGCUUCCUGGGAGGAUGUGAAGGCCGAGAUGGUGAAUGAGAAAGGACUGGCAAAUGAAACUGCAGAUCGCAUUGGAGAAUAUGUGAAGCAGUCUGGAGGGGAGGCACUGUUGAAGACACUCCUGUCUGAUAUGAUUCUGAUGGGGAAUCCUUGGGCCAAGAAGGGACUUGAGCUAAUGAGGCUGUUCUUCUCUUACUGUGAACUUUUUGAUAUCACUCCUCAUGUGUCCUUCGACCUCAGCCUUGCUCGGGGACUUGACUACUACACUGGAAUCAUUUUUGAAGCCAUUCUCUUAGGUUAUUCAAGUCAACCAAUAGUGAAUGGGAGUGGCGAGGAAGCAGGGGGAGUGGGAAGUGUGGCAGGAGGUGGUCGUUAUGACAACCUGGUGGGCAUGUUUGAUGCCAAGGGUAAGAGUGUACCAUGUGUAGGUGUCAGCUUUGGGGUGGAGCGCAUUUUUUCCAUCAUGGAAGGGAAACUCACAUCUGAGAACUGCUCCAUACGGACCACUGAGACCCAGGUUUAUGUGGCAUCAGCACAAAAGGGUUUACUCCAAGAGAGGAUGAAACUCACCAGUUUCCUCUGGAAAAAUGGCAUCAAGACAGAGCAACCAUAUAGGAGCAACCCAAAACUGUUAGCCCAGUUGCAGUAUUGUGAAGACAGAAAGAUCCCAUUGGCAAUUGUUCUUGGCCAGUCGGAAAUGGAGCAAGGUGUGGUGAAGCUGAGAGAUGUCCAGAGCCGAGAAGAGGAGGAUGUUCCUCGAGAUCAUUUGCUUGGGGCCAUUCGGAGCAGGCUCCACAUACCAUCCUCAUGAUAUGAUAGAAAAGAAUACAUUAUUCUCUUCUACCAUCCUCACUGUCCUUUCUGGACUUUUUUCUCCAUGCUGUCUUUCCUGUCUUCAGAGGCCUAUCUUUAAAGAGAAGGAAAGUGGUUAAUGGUUUGUUUUUUAAAUCUAAGCGUGAUCAGAAUCUGGUUCAUGUCUCAUGCAUUCUGAUACUGAUGUAAGACAUGAAGUCUGCAUUGUUCUGGUUGGUUGGCUGGUUUUGAGUCUGAAUCAAGAAUUCCAAAUGUUCCAAAGAUGCAAGAAUUUUACAAUUGGGAAGUAAUCAGCUUUCAGUUGCUUUGAGGCAGUUUGUUGUUGGAGUGCAUUGCAGUUGCAAUUGAUGCAAUUCACAUCAGUUUUGACACAUGUUUCAAUAUUCUCUCUAUGGUACCAUGACUUAUCAUUUGUCAGGUCCUGUAGCUUGCAGACAUUGCCUUGAAAUCAUAGCUUGUGUACCAAAGAGCCUGAUUCAAGUAUUCCAUUUAUUCAGUACAAGUUAUCCCAAUCAACAGUGCAGCCUGAAAUGUAAUGAUAUUGGGUUUUUUUCCCUCAUAUGUUGAACAAGAAGGUUGAACUGACUCUUAGAUAAAAUGUUCUAUUAAUUUCAGGUUGCUAUUUCUUAUCCUUUUAUACCUUAUUUUAAACCCAG